AGAAGCUUCCGGGCUGGCAGCACUGGCCCGGUGAUGCUCAAAUUUAUAAUUUCACUACAUUUUUCAAUCGUUUAAUGACAGGUUAGUAGAUGUGAUUCAUACCCAAACACAUAUUGUUUAUAGAUUAUGCCAAUAUGAUGUCAGAGCUUUGGUUACAACGAUAAAGAGACUUGAUUCAACCCUGCAGCGACUCAGGCGUAGCGGCUGGAAAAGAGGUUUGGACUUACUGCACAAACGAACGACUGCCUGCAAUCUUCAGCCGCAGCAAGUCAAAAUACUUCAAGCGCUGAGAAGAGUGUGGGAAGAGUGUGACGCCGCUUGUUUAGUUUGAUUUAUUUGAUUUAUCUUCAUCCUCAAAGAUGAAGUUGAAGGAGGAUAUGAACCCGCUGCUGCUGCAAGUCUUCCGUUCUGUGGUGUGGGUCUACUCGGUCAUCACCUUCAUACCCUGGUACUUCCUCUCAGGAGCUAGCAACAACCUAGAGCGGGCAAACCGGAUCAAGGCACGCUCAGUUAGUGGACUGCCAUUAGGGCCUUACAGGGCCACCAACAGUCAAGACAAGCUGGUGGCAUGGAUGCACCCCAAUGUUGGCACCCUGGACAAAAUGUUUAAAUACGCUGCCAGUCGGUUUCCACAGAGAGACUGUCUAGGCACCAGGGAGGUGCUCAGUGAAGAGGAUGAGAUCCAGCCGAACGGCAAGGUCUUCAAAAAGGUAAUUCUAGGGAACUAUAACUGGCUGUCGUACGAGGAAGCCUACGAGGCAGCGAAGUGUUUUGGCAGCGGUCUGGCAGCACUCGGCCUGAAGCCGCAGUGUAAAAUCGCCAUCUUCUGCGAGACCAGAGCAGAGUGGAUGUUGGUAGCACAAGCCUGCUUUAUGUACAAUUUCCAACUUGUGACACUGUAUUCCACUCUCGGACCCAUGGCCAUCGCCCACGGCCUGAACGAGACGGAGAUCACGCACAUCAUCACAAGCAAAGACCUGCUUCAGAGCCGUCUCAAGGCCAUAGUGUGUGAUGUGCCGAGGCUGCAGUAUAUCAUUGUAGUUGACAGUAAACCCACAAGCUGGCCAAACAUCCCCAGAGGAAUCACAGUCUACAGUAUGGACGCUGUGAAGGAGAUAGGGUCCAAGCCUGAAAAUAUCGCAGUAAACCGCAGUCAGCCAGAGUCCUCAGACAUCGCGGUCAUCAUGUACACCAGCGGCUCCACAGGCAUCCCCAAGGGUGUCAUGGUCUCCCAUGGCAACAUCAUUGCUGGCAUUACUGGCAUGGCCGAGCGAAUCCCUAACCUCAAUGAAUCAGACACCUAUAUUGGCUACCUGCCGUUGGCGCAUGUUUUAGAGCUCAGCGCAGAACUCGUGUGCAUCUCUCACGGCUGUAGCAUCGGCUACUCCUCCCCCCAGACUCUAGCUGACCAGUCUACCAAGAUAAAGAAGGGCAGUAAAGGGGACACCAGUGUGCUGAAACCUACUCUCAUGGCUGCUGUACCAGAAAUCAUGGAUCGCAUCUACAAGAAUGUGAUGACUAAAGUGGAGGAGAUGAGCAAACUGCAGAGGACACUGUUUGCGCUGGCUUACAACUACAAGAUGGAGCAGAUCUCCAAGGGUUACAGCACGCCACUCUGCGACAGUCUGGUGUUCAAACGGGUGCGUGCGCUCUUGGGAGGGAACACCCGGGUCCUGCUCUCAGGCGGAGCCCCCCUCUCUGCUGCCACACAGCGCUUCAUGAACAUCUGCCUGUGCUGCCCGGUGGGCCAGGGCUACGGCCUGACGGAGACCUGUGGAGCCGGCACCAUCAGCGAGAUGUGGGACUACAGCACAGGACGAGUUGGUGCUCCAUUGGUUUGUUCAGAGAUGAAACUGAAAGACUGGGAGGAGGGUGGAUACUACAGCACCGAUAAGCCCAACCCACGGGGGGAGAUUUUGAUUGGCGGCCCCAACGUAACGAUGGGAUACUACAAAAAUGAAACUAAGAACUGUGAGGACUUUUAUGUGGAUGAGAAUGGCCAGAGAUGGUUCUGUACAGGAGACAUUGGAGAGGUUCACACUGACGGAUGCCUGAAGAUCAUUGACCGUAAGAAGGACCUGGUGAAGUUACAGGCAGGCGAGUACGUCUCUCUUGGAAAGGUGGAGGCUGUUUUGAAGAACUGCUCACUCAUAGACAACAUCUGUGCCUAUGCCAACAGUGACCAGUCGUAUGUGAUCAGCUUCGUGGUGCCUAACCACAAGCAGCUCAUGGCCCUGGCGGAGCAGGUGCAGGUGAGAGGCACAUGGGAGGAGAUGUGCAACAAUUCUCAGAUGGAGAAAGAAGUUCUUCGCAUCAUUACUGAAGCUGCCCUCUCAGCGAAAAUGGAGCGGUUCGAGAUCCCCAAGAAGAUCCGUCUGAGUUCUGAGCCCUGGACCCCGGAGACUGGGUUGGUCACCGACGCAUUCAAACUGAAACGCAAGGAGCUGAAAUCACACUACCAGGAAGACAUUGAGAGAAUGUACGGAGGAAAAUAAAACAAUGCUUUAAACAACCCAUCCACAUAUAUACUUGUACACAUACACAUGGAGCUCAGAAGCCACUACAAGGAGUAUUGGGAGAGCAGUUAUACUUUAGACACACACACACACACACACACACACACACACACACACACACACACACACACACUCUACUACAGGCACAUAAAGCAUCUCAUGCAUCUCCUCCUCGGCUUCCCUGCGACCAGCUUCGAUCAAAAGAGGGAGACGAAUCUUGAAACCAGCUUACUUGCUAUCUCUCAAGACCAAAAGGCUCAUGGUCCCUUAUAGAUGGCUGAACCAGCCGGUGCGACUUACUCACCGUUCCCCUUUGAGUUUCUAUGACAACCGAGGUGGCACAUGAAGUCGGACGUCCGUAUGACUCGAAGUGAAAUAAAUGUCAGGCUAAACGUAUAUCUGGAUCAGUAUCCGUGCGCUCGUUCUGUUACUCCUCUUCUUCCUCCCCUGCUCUCUGGAGGGCUCUACAUGUUCAGUAUGGUAGUGGACUUAGUGCAGAUACCUGGCAGGGACAUAGGGUAGCAUGAGAGCGAUGGAGGAGUCUCUCCUGAGCUUUAAGUAACAUUCAGGUUGGAAUAUAUGCAGGGAUCUUCAUUACACGUUUCUCAUGUUUAGUUCGUCAGCUUUGAAACCCCAUUUGAUGAGUAUUUUUUUAAGUAUGAGGAAUCGGUGUUGCAAAGCCAUGAGAGAUUGAGCAUCAACAUUUUUUAUUAUUUUCUUACUGUAUUUUGUAUGGUUAUAUUCUAAAGGGUCUUUUUUUCUCUAUCCUCCUGUUUUGUAUUGCCAAUUUGUUUACGCAAAGUACUUUAUUGGGCUUUGUUUCCAGGUUCUUUUUUGGUUGGCUUUUCUGCCCUGCCCCUUUUUUCUGCCUGUGUCUCAAAGCUUGUACAUUUGAGUGUGUGCUUGCUAACUUGACUAGUAGAAGCGAUUCAGUCUCUCUUUUGGUCUCGGCCCCUUUGCAGCAGGGUCAAACAUAAAUUGUAAAACGCAUCCAUUGGGGCUUUUUCUGUCUCUGCUCUUUGCCCACGGCUUCAUCUAUCCACCUAAGCGCCCCCCGGACACCUCCCAGCCUGUAUCUAAAUGGUUAUUCUGUAUUGUCUGUUCAUUGAUCAUUAAGAAGCCCUGCCUCGUAUUCCUCCAGUCAUGACCAAUGCACCGUAUGGAUGUCUCAGAGGGAAAUAAGCCCAGCGUAGAAAAAUAGUUACAUUAAGCCUUUUAUGGGUUACUCUUUCAAUUACUUUUUGGCGGAAAUGUACAUGUUAUAUUUUUUUCUCCAUAGAUUGAGUAACUGUUACUUUUGUCUUUUUUUACUUAUGAAUAUGAAUUACAAAAUGAAUGUGCAAUAUUUAUACACAAAUUUAAACUAGAGUACAUAGGAAGAAGAAAAAAACCGCACAUACAGCAGCCCCUCCGUAGUGUAUGAAUGUUAAGGUCUGUUGCUCGUAUUGAAAGACAUGUUGGAACACAAGCAAAGGGUUAAAGGGGUGGAGACACACUGAGAGGGAGGUCUAGAUGAAGCCCAUUUGAACGUACUGUGCUAAAUAAUGCAAUCAUCUUUAUUCAGACUGAACUAUUUAUUAUUGGGCAUUGUAGAAACCGCUUAAUAUAAAGUGUGCAACUGUACCAAAGCACUUGAAUACAUAUUUGAGGAGGAAAGCGCUCCAGUCAAACAACUGAAGAAAUUCCUUAUCAAUACACUCCCUUUUUUAAUUGUUAGUAAAUAGCAUAAACUUACCAGACCUCAAAGUAUCUUCGAAUUGGUUCAUGUGUAUGACACUGUAUUGCAACUUAUAUGAAGAGGUUCAACCGCCACAUGUUUGAACUCAUGUAAAAAAUACUGAAUACAUGUCAUACUGUAGUUUUCAGAUUGGUGGUGAAAUUACCUGAAUGGCAUCAGUACGAGUGACACCCUCGCUUCAGUCUUUCUUUCUUCGCUUCACAUUUAUGGGUAGAACACAAAAUAGUUUUUUGGUCAACGGUCCUUUGUAAGGCCGACGUCUAUCCCCCAGGUGCCCUCUUGUAAUGCAAGUCUUGCUUUGCUUGUACUGAAGAAUUUUAGCAUUAACAAAUGUACAGUCAGGUACUCUUAACUAGUUCUCUUAUCCAACUAGCUCAACGUAAAGGUUAUUUUAGCAUGUACAGAAGUUACAGUACCAUCAUGAUGAAAUGGAAAGCCACUCCUCCCUUCCUGAUUUGUAUUACAGUUCUUUCUCUCGACAUUUUAGUGAAAAGUCAGUAGCUUACUGUGCUGUUUGCUGCUUUUCCUCUGCCUGGCUAGAGGCAGCUAGUUGCCUUCUGACACACAUGAGCUGUCUUCAGGGGUCUUAAGAAUGUGAAGCACUACCCACAUUUUAGUUGAUAGCACGCAAUGCUGUGUCCUGCUACAUCCAUUUCAGCAAGGCCAAGACAAAGUGGCGGUGGGAAGACCACUCCUCUAGUUUCACUUGCAUUGUAAAUAGGUUGAGAGGGGAAGGGAUCUAUGAAUUCAAGUCCAUUCAAACUACCAAUAAUUGUACAGGCGUAAAGUCUCCUGUUAUAUUUAAUAAUCUUUGUUACUGACCAGUUUUCGAGGGUCUCCUCGUUGAUUUGUGUGAUUAAGUGGCCCUGCGAGCCAGGCUAUUUGCAAUUGUCUCUUUCCUUAUUUAUUUGUAAUUUGGCCUUGAAAACGAUGUAAUGAAAAUAAAAAGUUGUGUUGUAA